UAUCUUCAUACAAAUGACCCAUUAUUUGUUGUAGUAACAAGUUCUGACUCUAGAGUGGAUGUUGGCUAUAUAGCCUCAGUUUCGUCCAAGAAUGUUAUUUCAUUAUCCUCAGGCUCAUAUGAUGGUGAUGAUGGUGUAGAAUUCAAACGUGCACAAGCACUUAUUUACGUUCUCAACUUUUCUUCUUUUACUUUAACAUCUGACAACACCUUUAAACUACGACUUCGUAACUUUCUUCACACAAAGUUUGACUACGUUAUGACAAGACACAG